UUUUUGGGGAACGACUAGAAGACCAGUGGAACAUUGAAGAAACAUCCCCAACCCAAAUAAACUGUAUCCAUCUUUAAAAAUUCCUACUCUUUCAAUUUCCCAAAAUUCCAAACCAAAUCCCAUCAAAUUCUCACACCCUCUCUCUUCUAUAUAUAUCCAAUUGAAUUGUAACCUAACUAAAAGUCUUCUACUAACAAUGGCAAGACCUAAUGAAGAAGCAAUCGAAACAUUUAUGAGUAUUACAGGCGCUUCACAAGAAGUCGCUUUACAAAAACUUGAGGAACGUGGUGGCGAUCUCAAUGAAGCUGUAAAUGCAUAUUUUAGUGAGGGAGAUAGAAACAGUGCCCAUCCAGCUUCUACUGCGAUCCGUCAAAAUGAUUUCAUGGAUAUAGAUAACGACGAUCCACUUCUCGUGGAACCCCAAGGACCUUCUUUACCACUUCUAUCUGCUGCUCGAAAUUUGAACCCGUUCUCACUGCUAGACCCAACUUUUGGUCAUAGUUUCCUUGAAGGAAGAGGUUUUGGGGUUGCCACUGGUGCACCAUUGGUUUCGCAUCCGAGAGAGGUAAGGGAGAUCCCUAUAGAGGUCAAGGAUGGAAAUGACCAAUCUAUUCCAUCCGGAUCCAGACCUGUUAUUGAGGACAUCACUGGAACAACGACGCAUGGUCCUGAGAUCCAUGGAAGAGUAAUAAUUGAUGAUGACGAAGAUGAAAACAUUCCAACUGCUCCCACUGCUCCUGUUCUAGACUACGAUAAUGAUAUAGAGGAAGAAAUGAUUCGAGCUGCCAUUGAGGCUUCAAAGCGAGAGGUUGAAGAGGGCAACCUUAAUCACCAAUCUAGUGUUCCUAGUGUUUUGUCUGGUCUAGAUCAUCAGCAAAGGGAGCCUCCUGCAGAAGAUGCUGAGCUUCUUCGUGCUGUUUCAUUGUCGAUGAAGACAGCAGAGCGGGAGAAAGCAUUGCGUGGGCAGGGAAAUGCAGAGACAACAGAGAAGGUUGUCAUUGAUUCAUCCGAUGAGGAAGAAAUUGAAACAUUAGCGGCAAACAGAAGGCGAUUACGCUCUUUUAACCAGGGAGCUUCAAGUCAAUCUAAGGUGGAGGCUGGAAGCUCAUCUGUCCAAGAUGAAGCUGAAGAUAUUGAAGAGCAGCCUUUAGUGAGAAACAGAUCCAGACGUGUGGCUUCUAGGUCUGUAGGGUCUCUUAGAGAAGUUGGAGAGAUGGACGAGAGCCCACCGGCAAGUCCUGGCCCACCUCUCCCACAAAAUGGAGACACGUUUCCUGCUGAGUGGGGAGGCAUAUCUUCGGAAGAGCAUGAUGAAGCAGUUAUGCUUGAGGCUGCACUAUUUGGUGGAGUUCCCGAAGGGCCUGCAUAUAAUUACCCGUACCCAACACGUCAAACUAGAAACAUGGGCUACUAUCCUCAGUCAGCACCUCGUCCUCCAUCACCUACACUGACAGCUCAGCGUUUACUUAGAGAACAACAGGACGAUGAGUAUCUUGCAUCUCUGCAAGCAGACAGAGAAAAAGCUGAAGCACGCCUUUUAGAAGAACAGGCUGCCAGAGUAGCGGCGCUUGAAGAAGAAAGAAAGAAGGAGCAGGAAGCUCAACAGAAAUUAUUGGAGGAAGAGGAGUUCGAGAGAACACUUGCUGCAAAAGAAGCAUCUCUUCCUCAGGAACCCGCCACAGAUGAUGAGAAUGCUAUAAAUCUUCUUAUCCGGAUGCCAGAUGGUUCCCGACGUGGCCGUCGCUUUCUGAAGUCUGACAGGCUACAGUCUCUUUUCGAUUUCAUAGAUGUGGGAAGAGCAGUUAAGCCUGGCACGUACAGAUUGGUGAGGCCAUACCCAAGGCGUGCUUUCAGUGAUGGUGAGAGUGCGGUAUCCCUAACUGAUUUAGGGUUGACUGGCAAACAAGAAGCAUUAUUUUUAGAGUUAAUUUGAAAGUUUACAAUAGAAGAAUCCUUGUUUUUAGGUUUGUUUGAAGUUUGCGUUUAGGUAACGUAAAAGGAAAAUAUAUCAGUGUGGGAGUAAGGAUUUCAGGUUGUGCUGGUCGGUUAGUAGAGGAAAUACAUUGAAUGGCAGGAACUGAACGAAAGAUUUGGUUCUUUUCUAGCUUCGGACUUUCAGAUAUCCUUUACCCUUUUAAGCACCUACAAUCUCCCAUUUUAUCUUUUGUUUUUAGAGUUACGGAAAACCUAGUUCGUUUUCAAUGGUUGUGUUUGAUUUGUUGAUAGAUGCAUAAUGUACAUAAUAUAUUCAUUUAUCCUGGAUUUUAGUUUCUUGGAAAAUUGAACGGAUUUGUUUUGGUUGAUU